AUGAGCAGCCUUGCCAGCUCGGCGAACGGAUCAGACGGGCUAGUGGUCGGUGUGCUGGCGCUGCAAGGCGCCUACGCGGAGCAUGCCUCUUGUCUCCACCGGCUCUCCACCUCAUCCGCUUCCAGCUUCGACAGACCGCUGGAAGUGCGGCAGGUACGAACACCAGAGCAAUUAGCAGAGUGCUCGGCGAUCAUCAUACCUGGUGGGGAAUCGACAGCUAUCAGUCUGGGAGCUCAAAGAGCUGGACUUUUGAGUCCACUCCGAGAGUGGGUCAGAAGUGGUAAACCAGCUUGGGGAACAUGUGCAGGCAUGAUCCUGCUGGCGAGGGAAGCUGUUGGGGGCAAGAAAGGUGGUCAGGAACUGCUUGGAGGCAUGGAUGUGCGAGUCGGUAGGAAUGGAUUUGGUAGUCAGGUGAGCCGAAGAAUGGACAUCCGAUGGUGCAUGUGUGCAGCCAGACAACAACAGCCUCCAUUUCCCGGCGUCUUCAUUCGAGCACCAGUGGUAGAGUCUCUCUUGCUGUCUCAAGACAUCCAAGCUGUCCCGCCAGAAGCAGCGACGUUGGUGAAGCGGGGAGAAGGAGAAGCGCACGCCGAAGCGGUAGUGUUGGAGCAAGGACGAGCCCCGUUGACGCCAUCUGGUGACACGGCAGGGGGAGCACAGCCUCCCUUGCUGAACGCUCAAGCCGUGCCUGGUGCAGCUGUUGAACCUACACUGAGGUUAUCGGUAGCACCUCCGCUCGAGAGGCCCGGGCAGGAAAGGGUGGCUCGACCGCCCUUGGAGAUCUUGUGCAGCCUUCCGACAUUGCCAGCUGGCAGUGCCUCUCCUCUGAUUCGAACUAUUGAUUCAGCAGUGGCGACCGCGCACCAAGGGGAGGUGCGAGGAACGAGACCUGCGCACGACAGUCAGAUCGUCGCUGUUAAACAAGGAAGAUUGAUGGCCACCAGCUUCCACCCGGAGCUCACCACUGAUGUCAGAUUACACGAUUUCUUCAUUCGAUAUUGCGUCCUAGGCGAUGGAGGGGUUGUCCCUACGCUCAGUGCCUAG